AUGGCCCCCCCAACUAAAUAUAAAACCGACGCGGCCAAGCUUCAGGCUAUGAGAGCCAAGCGUUCCCGGUACUACGCUAACGACAACAAGGGUGCGGGUGACAAGGGUGCGGGUGACAACUUGGAUAAGGGCAACGACGGCAGUGACGAGUGUGCGAGCGAUGCCGAUGAAUCAAUAGGGACAUUAGCUGAAUGUAUUGCCGUGGUGAAGUAUGCUAAAGAUGACUUCAUGGCGCACAUCAAAUCUCCGCAAAAAUUCACCUUGGGCGUCUUUGCCGAAUACACGAAGUCUAUCCCAGAUGCUCCCGGAACUCACGGGGAUAGAGAGAUUCUCAAGCGCGCGAUGUCGAGCAUCGAAGACUUCCUUGACAGGGCCAGUCAAGGACAAGACGGUAUCCUCCAAUUGUGCGGGGUUUGUGACGAGUGGCGUGCCGCAGAACAAGUGUGCACGAGCAUGAGGGACACCAUUGCUAUGGUGGAAGAUAUUUAUUGUCAUGCGCUCAGCGAUGGAGACGCCGAGUUAGCCGUAGUUCAUUUACUCAAGGGAUUCUUGUACCAGAACUACAACAAAUUUUGA